UUCCUUUUUAGAAUUGGGACACAGAUUGUAUUGUGUCUUCGUACAAAGAAACAGACUGGACCACAUGGACUCCUCACUGGUUUUACUGGUUUUACUGGUUUGGGGUCAGUUUUUCUACACAGCUCAUGCAGCUCUUCAUGAAGGGACAAUUUUCUACGGCUGCCAUGAGUUUGGUGACUGUCGGGUACAAAUGCAUUGGGAUGGAGACCAGGCGAUAUAUGCUGACUUCAAGAAAGGACAAGCAGUUUGGACAGCACCACUGCUUGAGGAGCUGAAGGAUGUGCUGUCAAGCGGGUUUUACGUUUUGGCUCUUGUUUGCAGGGAGAGACUAUUAAAAUACUAUCUCUCUAAAGCUAUGCAGAUCGACAGGAGUCCCACUGAAGAAAAGGCCCCGACAGUGCUCAUCUAUCCCAUGGAGGAGACAGAACAGGGGGAGGAGAACACCCUUUACUGUUACAUCAGUCACUUCUACCCCCCCUCCGCCAAUAUCACUUGGACCAAGAAUGGUGUCCAGGUGACAGAAGGUGUGGCCCUCAGCAACCUCCACCCUGAGACAGACGGGACCUUCAGUCAGCUGGCCAGCCUCUCUUUCCAUCCAGAGACAGACGACGUGCUGGGCUGCAGCGUGCAGUAUCAAGCCCUGAGCCGCCCUGUCACCAAAACAUGGGAGCUGCCUUCGAGGUCGGUGGGUUCUGCAGCAGCGUGGGCGUGUCUUUCUUUGGGACUCGUCUGUCUCACUUUUGGAGUUGUCAUCUUCAUCAUUUCUGCUAACGACUCCCUCCGACGUCAGCUGUCUGACUGCUGGCGGGCUGCAUACCACAGGGUUGCUGGGUAAAAUCUCCAGACUGCAACACGAACAAAGACUUUUUAACAUGUUUACCAAGUUACAACUUUCUCAUAUGCUCAUUUGCACAGUAGAACAUUUUAUUCUUCGUUAUAUCGAUCUAUACUGAAGAUUGCAUCCAACAUUCCCUUUAUGUUGUCGUCUCGUCUCUUUUUAGACAAGAUUGGCAAGACCAUAACCUAAAGUUGUUUAUUAACCUAACUCAAAGUGAGAUUUCUUAUCUUUUGAUAUCAUCAGUUUAAGAAGAGAGACUUCUUCUGCUGCAGCUGUGAUUAGAUUUUCAAAUGACUGUUGGUAAAUUCUCUAAUUGACCAUCAUAACGUUAUACUGGAAAAUGUGUACAACUAAACAGUGCUAAAAUAUUUUGACAUUAAAGUAUUAAAUUACAUCCAACAACAAUCUUCUAAGAGCAUCAAUUUCCAUGAACAUAGAUGUGAGGCCAAAGAUGCAAAUUAUAUUAAAAACAUAGUAUUUCUGAAUGUG